AUGAAAGACUUCCAAGAGAAAAACGAGCACCUAAGAGAAGAUCAUGAAGAAGAAGAAAAUCAAGAAAUCGUGGAUGAUGAUGUGCAUUCACAAGAGACUGAAGAACAAGUUCCGGUAAGUGACGAUGAUGAUCAUAAGGGUAAACAAGUAGUGCUAGACAGUGACGUUGUUCAUCAUCGAAGCGGAGAUCGGGUUUGUGAGCAAUGUGGGAAGAUAUUUCAAAAUGGAAAAGCUUUAGGAGGUCACAGAAAAGUUCACUUUAAUCAAUCUCUUCUUCCCAAGAAGAACAAAGCAUUGUUUAAGCCGAAGAAGAAACAUGUUGCUUCCAAUGAAGGCGGCGGCAGCAGUGAAGUCUCGUGCUAUGUUUGUAAAAAGGAUUUUCCAUCAAUCAAAUCCUUGCACGGACACAUGAGACUCCACCGCGAAAGAGAUUGGAAAGGUGUGAGACCUCCGGGGGCUGUUCAGCCUCCUUCGGAAGAGAGCAAAUCUUCUUCGUACGAAAAUGACUCCAGUGAUGAUGACAAUGAUGAUGGUGAUGGUGACAGUAGUUUUUCCGAUCACACCAUAGAGACAGACAACGAUGCAGCAAAAUUUUUAGUAAACUGGAUGAAGAUCGAACAAAGACGCAGGAUUGCUAACCAAAGAGAUCCUAAUGGUGAAGACAAAGUUCGUGAAUUCAGAGGGAAGAAGCUAAUAGAAGAGUCACCAGUUGGAUACAAAGGUAACCCUUCUUCCAAGAACAUGAAAUUUGAUGGUAGAAGUAGUAAGAAAAUUACCAUGGAGGGAAGUAAAAGUUUUGGAGGUACAAAACCCAAAAAAUAUAUUGGCUUGCUCGAUCAAACCCUCAACCAGAUUUCAAGCAAGCCUCAAGAGUUUAGGUUCAGUAGAUCAGAUGCAACGAUGAGUGACAUGAACGAAUCGGGGUUCAGUAGUAAGUAUGCAGCGGACCAAGUUAGUGAAUCUGCAUCGGAGAAGGCAAUAGAAGAGUCACCUCGUGGAUACAAAGGCAAUACUCCAUUGAGGAUCAAGCUGAAACUUGAUGGUAGAAGUAAUAAAACUCUGGAUAAAAGUAGAAGUUCUCGGAGUGUGUCUUUUGUGUUGAAUAAGUUAAGUGUUGGAGGUAAAGAAAAGAUUUCUGUGGAAGAAGAUGACGAUGAUGAGAAUGCUGAUCAGAUUAGUUGGAAGGUGAAGUCGAAGAAGGCGAUGAUGAAGGGAGUUUCAAAAACAGAUAAAAAGCCAAUCAAAGACACUGCUUUACUCGACCAAGCCCGCUACCAGAUUCCAUCGAGAACUCAAGAAUUUGGUGCUACUUAUGCUGAAAGGGGAAACUACAAUGGCUCUAGUGCUACCAGUAACCAAGUAUUUGAAAGAGCAGAAGAAGCUGAAGCAGUGGAGCAGGAGACCAAACAGUUUGUAUGCAACAUCUGCCCCUGCAAGUUCUCAACAGGUCAGGCUCUGGGAGGCCACAAGAGAGGUCACAACUAUAGAAUGGCAGUGGAAAAUGCUCCGGGGAAAGCAGAAGUAGCACCGGUGGAUGAAGAAGACCGUGAGAUCAGUAUAGUUCCUGAAAAACUAGACUUGGAUCUCAAUCAACUUCCUUACGAAUCGAACGAUGAGUGA